AUGAUGUUAUGGUUUCAGAGGAAAUAAAAACAGUGGGCAUUGAUAACUCAGAUAUACAUAUUUUUGUCACAUAUGCUAAUCAACCAAACACAACCUAUUUAGCCAAUGCAAUAUGGUGCCAGUUAGACCCUAACCCUAAUGUUGGAAGAGUUAAAUUUAAUAUUGGUACUAUGGAUAUUGAUGAAUCCUCAACUUAGUCAUUUUAAGAUAAUUUCUCAACUUCUUUACAUGAAAUUCUCCAUAUUUUAGGUUUUUCAGGUAGCAGUGUUUCUUAUUGGAUUGAUCCUGAAACAAAUAAACCAUACGGAGGAAAAAAUGAAUAUAAGGUUAUGA